AUGGAUUUCCCCCAGCACAGCCAACAGGUGCUGGAGCAGCUGAACCAGCAGAGGCAGCUGGGCCUGCUGUGUGACUGCACCUUCGUGGUGGACGGUGUCGACUUCAAGGCCCACAAGGCUGUGCUGGCUGCCUGCAGUGAGUACUUCAGGAUGCUGUUUGUGGACCAGAAGGACGUGGUGCACCUGGACAUCAGCAAUGCAGCAGGCCUGGGUCAGGUUCUGGAGUUCAUGUACACAGCCAAGCUGAGCCUGAACCCUGACAACGUGGAGGACGUGCUGGCCGUGGCCGGGUUCCUGCAGAUGCAGGAGGUUGUCAGCGCUUGCAACGCGCUCAAGUCCCUCUCGGCGCUGCCACAAGGCCCUGGUGGGAGCCAGAGACCCCCGGGGGCAGAUCCUGCCAUCCAAGAGGCCUCCAACUCCAAAUUUCCCAGCCACCCACAGCCGGCAGAGAGCGCGCUGGGCAGCGGCUGCCCCGCCGAGACGGGAAACAUCUCUGAGGGCACCAAGACAGGAGAGACGGAGCCGGAAGUGAAGGAGGAAGAGGCAGAGGGGACAGCAGGGGAGGACACAGAGGUCAAAACCCCUGAGGAGGAGCAGCCCAGGCUGGAAAAUGGAGAAAACACUGAAGAGAACGAAGCUGGAAACGCUGACUCCGGGCAGGAAAACUUGGGAGAACCUCGGCUGCUGCCCUCGGGAAUUUACAGCGACAGGACCGAGUCCAAAGCCUAUGGCUCCGUCACACACAAGUGUGAGGACUGUGGGAAGGAGUUCACCCACACCGGGAAUUUCAAGCGGCACAUCCGUAUCCACACGGGGGAGAAGCCCUUCUCCUGCAGGGAGUGCAGCAAAGCUUUCUCUGACCCAGCUGCCUGCAAAGCCCAUGAGAAGACCCACAGCCCCCUGAAGCCCUACGGCUGCGAGGAGUGUGGGAAGAGCUACCGCCUGAUCAGCCGGCUGAACCUCCACAAGAAGAGGCACACGGGGGAGGCCAAGUACCGUUGUGAUGACUGUGGGAAGCUCUUCACCACCUCGGGCAACCUCAAAAGGCACCAGCUGGUCCACAGUGGUGAGAAGCCCUACCAGUGUGACUACUGUGGGCGCUCCUUCUCCGACCCCACCUCCAAAAUGAGGCACCUGGAGACACACGACACCGACAAGGAGCACAAGUGUCCCCACUGUGACAAGAAGUUCAACCAGGUGGGGAACUUGAAGGCUCACUUGAAGAUUCACAUUGCUGAUGGGCCGCUGAAGUGCCGGGAGUGUGGCAAACAGUUCACCACUUCAGGAAACCUGAAGCGUCACCUCCGGAUCCACAGCGGGGAGAAGCCCUACGUCUGCGUGCACUGCCAGCGCCAGUUCGCCGACCCCGGGGCGCUGCAGCGGCACGUCCGCAUCCACACCGGAGAGAAGCCGUGCCAGUGCUUGAUCUGUGGGAAAGCCUUCACCCAAGCCAGCUCCCUCAUCGCCCAUGUGCGCCAGCACACGGGGGAGAAACCCUACGUCUGCGAGCGCUGUGGGAAGAGAUUUGUCCAGUCAAGCCAACUGGCCAACCACAUCCGCCACCACGACAACAUCCGACCCCACAAAUGCACCGUUUGCAACAAGGCCUUUGUCAACGUGGGUGACCUCUCCAAGCACAUCAUCAUCCACACGGGGGAGAAGCCCUUCCUGUGUGACAAGUGUGGCCGGGGCUUCAACCGGGUGGACAACCUGCGUUCCCACGUCAAGACGGUCCAUCAGGGCAAGGCUGGGAUCAAAAUCCUGGAGCCCGAGGAAGGAGAUGAGGUCAACAUUGUCACGGUGGCUUCUGAUGAGAUGGUGACACUGGCCACCGAGGCACUGGCUGCCACUGCUGUCACGCAGCUCACGGCCCACCCCUCGGGCUAUGGGGGGGUCUAA